CAUCUCCAAACUACCUAUGCCUUAUUGUCUUCAUAGUAGAAAUUAAAGAAAGUUUAUAAGGAUUAAGAAAUAUUAUUUAGUUAUGGCAGACAGGCUAACGCAACUGCAGGAUACCGUAAACCAACAAGCAGAGCACUUCUGCAAUGCUAUUGGAGUCAUUCAGCAGACAUCUUAUCCCAGCAAGUUUGCAAAUUUUGACAGGACAGGCUCACAGACACCCAUACAAAACCCACCUCAGGAGGAUUAUGCUCAACUUUUUGCACAAUUAAUAGCUCGAUGUGCUAAAGACAUUGAUACUUUAAUUGAGUCUUUGCCUAAUGAAGACAGUUCAAUUGAAUUACAAAAUUGUAGUCUUAAGCGACUAGAGUUUGAAAACCAAGAAACUGCAGAGCAACUUGAACAAGUUGUUCAGAAAGGAGAACUUUUGCUGGAAAAAAUCCAGUCUGCUUUGGGGGACAUUGCUCAAGCACAAUUGGACAUGCAAAUAACAUUAAAAACAAGUUCACAAUAAACCGCUUGCAUGAAUAUCGCUUGUACUGAUUGUUUAUUCUACGAUGGAACGCGUUAAAUAUCCUGGUACUAAUUAGACUGUGCUCAAGAAAGAUAUAUUUAUUUUAAACGGUUGAUAUUUUUGGAUUCCAAAUCAAAGACCAAUUUUAUUGCUCUUCAUUAUAUGUUUAAA